CACCGGGUCCCGGCUAGUGAUUACUCGCCGGCACCCGGUGAUCGCCGAGUAUCAUCGACGGGGGAGAGAUCUGUAUUGCUUUGUAUGGCUCUGCAUAGCACAGCCAUACAAAGCAGUGUGUGUACAGUGAAACACAGCUCACAGCCUUAUAGUAAAACAGCACAGUUAACCCUUUGAUUGCCCCACAUGUUAACCCCUUCCUGCCCAGUGCCAUUAGUACAGUGUCAGUGCUUUUUAUUAGCACUGAUCUCUGUAUUAGUGUCAUUGGGAUGUCAGUGGCAGUUAUUCAGUCCCCCCCAGUGUCAGAAUGCCCACCACAAUCACGA